UGUUAACAUGUGAGAGGAAUUUGGUUUGAUUUAAUUUUUAAAAGUCUCUCUUUGUUUUCUAAAUUUAAUUAACUUGUUAAUUUAUUAAUUAUUGUGUCUAAUUGUUUAUUCAAAAUGGGUAAACGUACUAAUAACAAUCAAUUACCGAGUAAUUUACCUCAACUUCAGAAUUUGAUUAAAAGAGAUGCGGCUUCUUAUAAAGAAGAGUUCUUCCUACAAUUUAAUCAUUUCAAGGCUCUUCUUCAAGUUUUCCAGUUUAAUCCAUCUCUUUUUGAGAAAAAUUUCAUUGAUCUUGUUAUGUUCAUAGCUCAAGUUGCCCAUUGUUAUUUACAAGAACUUAAAGAUUUUCCUAAUGAUUUAAUCAAUAUUCUUAAAAAUUAUGGUGGAUUAUUGCACCCUGAAGUUAGAGUGGUUAUCUGUAAAGCUUUGAUUCUGUUGAGAAACAAAUCUUUACUUUCUCCAGCUGAUCUGAUGCCUCAUUUUAUUGAUUUAUUCCGACAUCAAAAUAAGUACCUUAGAGAUUUUAUCAAAACUUAUAUCGUUACUGAUAUUAAAAAUCUAAAUGCUAAACAUAAUGAUAUGAAACAAAACUCGGCCUUGCAAAAUAUAUUAUUCACUGCAAUUAAGGAUAACAAUUUAGUCGUUGCUAAAGCUUCAUUGGACACACUGAUUGAGUUGUAUAAUAAAAAUGUUUGGAAAGAUGCUAAAUGUGUAAAUGUGAUUGCUAAUUGUUGUUUUGCUAAAUCCGCAAAGAUGCUGGUUACCGCUCAAAGAUUUUUCCUUGGAACCGAUGAGGAUAAAGGUGAUGAAGACUCAGAUGAUAGUGAUUCAGAAUCUGAUGGUGAAGUUAACGAUAAAGUUAUCAAAGAAAUGGCUCUGGCUAAUCGGGUGAAUAGGACAACACGGAAAAGGAAAAGGUUACUCGAGAGAACCAAGAAAGUUGUCAAAAAAUCGAAGAAGGGAAAAAAGUCUGUCUCAUUUAACUUUUCUGCAAUUCAUUUGAUCUAUGAUCCUCAAGGAAUGGCAGAGAAAUUAUUCCAAUCGCUAGAGAAGGUUAAUCAUCGAUUUGAGAUAAAACUUAUGACAAUGAAUUUAAUCUCUCGAUUGAUUGGACUUCAUCAAUUGUUUGUGUUCAAUUUUUAUCCUUACCUUCAACGAUACCUGAACCCUCACCAACGUGAAGUGACCAAAAUUUUACUCUACACCGCUCAAGCGGCUCAUGAACUGGUUCCAUCUGAAGUCUUAUAUCCAGUGGUCAAGGGAAUCGCCAACAAUUUCAUCACCGAGCGUAACUCAUCUGAAUGCAUGUGCGUUGGUCUAAAUGCAAUUAGAGAGAUUUGUUCUCGCUGUCCACUAGCAAUAGAUGAAGAUUUACUUCAAGAUUUGACCGACUACAAAUCGUACAAGAAUAAAAAUGUUUCCAUGGCGGCUAAAUCUAUAAUCCAAUUGUUCCGUACAGCUAAUCCUGAACUUUUGAAGAAAAAAGAUCGAGGUAAACCAACAGAGGCCAGUAUAGAAUUUCGAGCCAAACAAUAUGGUGAAUUGGAUGCUAAAGAUUUUGUUCCCGGAGCGGAGUGUUUAAAUUCUGAUGGUGAAGAAGAAGAUGACGAAAAUGAUGAUAAACCAGUUAAAGGAGAUAAAGAUGAUUCUGAUGGAUGGGUUGAUGUGAGUGAUGCAGAAGGAGAUAUCGAAAUUGAAAGUUCUGAUGAAGAGGAAAAUGACACUGAAAAGAAAACCUUGUCGGUAGCUGAGGCUAAAGAAAAAGCAAGUCACAUCUCUACAACCCGAAUUUUGAGUGGAAAAGAAAUUGAGAAAAUUCAAGCUGCCCAAUUAGCCAAACAAUUAAAAGCAAGUAAACCUCGGCGACUUGAGAAAAAUGAUGACAGAGUCUUAGCUGAUUUAGCGAAAAGGAAAAAGGAAUCAGUUUCAAUUAAUGACAUUGAAAGAUUGUACAAGAAGCCAAAGAAUACAAAAGAAAGUCGAUUGUCCACAAUUAAGGAAGGAAGAGAAGACCGAGAACAAUUUGGUGGACCAAAACCUAAAUUAAAUCCAUUUGCAAGUAAACGAAAAGAGAAGAGGAAAAACAAAGCGUUCGCUAUGAUUAAGCCGAAAAUCGUUGCAAAAAAGAAAAGAUCAUUCAGAGAAAAAGCCGCUGCUCUUAAACAUUCGUUAAUACGAAAAAUUAAACACUCAAGAUGAUCGAAUUAAACUUUUUCUCUGUUACCAAA